GUCCUCUCAGACGGUGCCGAGGCUGAGAAGAGAGGAGCGGGGCAGAAGGCUCACGAGGAGUCGCAGGCGCGGGACACACCCGGAUCCAGCCCGCGUGGGAGCGGAGACGGAGUGGGCGCCGGAGGGGCACCGGGCGACGGCAUCGCUUGUCACUGCCAGCCGAGCUGGGGCGGGCACACCUACCCGCUGUCCAAUCCCCAGCCGUAGACGCCGCCUUAUGAAUAAGCAACAAAGCGAAGCCUCCUCCCCCUGGCGUCCCAGACAGCCGAGGGAGUCGCGGCCACUGCAGGGGCCACGGCAGGGAUGCCGAGCGCCGGCGCCACCGCCGUCAUCCGCGCGCAGCUCGGCUGAAGGCGCACAGGACUCAGUUGCUGGAAUUGUCAAUUCUUCCAAUUUAUAUGUACAUUUCUCUUCCACUAUGAGCAGAGCAACUGUGUUGCACAUCUGUCUGGCUUUCUGUAGCCUUCUGUUCCUCAGUUUUACCACACAAUGUCUGGCUUUCCCAAAAGUGGAAAGGAGGGAAAUAGCAGAUGCUUAUGCAGAAAAAGGGCAGUCUGAGAGGAUGGACAUAGGUGACCAAGAAAACAGUUCCAUUACUCCAGAGCACAAGCCCCAACAGAUGUCCUCUGACGAUCCAACGGUACUGUCUGCAAGACCAUCAAUGACACCAUUAAGUGGGCUCCUACAUCCUAACAGUCCUGGUCUUCACUUUGCCACUGAGCCAGUGGUCCCAGCCAGGGAAGAAGCACACGGAUCCAGCCAGCUAGAGAAAACGUCUCCUGAACACAGACUUUCCAAGGCCAUGCUAACCAUCGCUGUCACUACAACUGCUUCUCUAAAUUCUGACCAGGAGGGACCCUUUAGCAGUUCCAGCAUCCAGCCCCCUGUAGAAGAGAUCACAGAAGCAACUCAAGGUUUCCUGAAGUACACAGAUAAUCAGUUGUUUGCAACUGAAAGUCAGGAAGGAGUUAGCUUGGGACAGUCACCUUCAUCUUAUAUAAAUACUAAAGAAAUGCUAACCACCGAACCAAGGAUUGAGAAAGUUGAAGGUCAUGUAGUGCAGAGGACAACUUCUUUUCCUGGUGUUGAUUUCACAGCAGACACAAAGCCUGACGGGAAGGCCUCACAGACUACACCUCUUAAUGUCCAGGCCACUGCCACCAAGCACUUGCUGGCAACUUCCGAGUAUGUCCUGAGUGUUGAGCCAGAAACUGACAGCCUACUGGGGGCCCCCCAAAUCACAGUGAGUGUCAGCACAGCUGUUUCAGUUGCCUCUCUCCUAAGUGAUGAGUGGGAUGACACCAAACUUGAGAGUGUAAGUCAGAUAAGGCCUCCAGAGCUGGGGGACAAUGCAGAGACUCAGAUGAAAACAGAACCAUCAGAGACAACAUAUGCAAGCCCUGAGGGCACUGAAGGGGGCCCCACUUCCACAGAGGCUGCAGAGGUGUCUCCAGGGCUUCCUGAAGGGGAAACACACGUGGGGACAGCUCUGCUAAUUGCACCAGAGGACGAGCAAGCACUGGACGAGAGAUCUCCAGUCUUUACCCAUCUAAGUUCCUUUACUCCCUUGAGUCUGACAGAAGACCCUGAAGUUUCAGUUGUGAACCUGUUCCCAAGUACAGGAGGCUCCACAGCAUCCAUGGAGGAGGACAGUGCCACGAUUUUCUCAGAGACGACAAUUUCCCUCUCUCAAUAUGAGUCUGAGUCAUAUCAGCCAGUGGGAAAUGUGUUGAAAGAUAUCACUCAAGAGAUGACAACAGACACUCAAGAACCAGAUGCUACCUUACCCUUGGUGACACAAGAGCAGCUUGAGGUUCCUAGAGGCAGUGGGGAGCCUGAGGAAGGCAAGACAUCCCUCUCUCCUGUGCCUGACGCUGCUGGUACCACUCAGCUGUCCAGAAUAUGGGAGUCUUUGGCUACACCAGCCUCCACCACAGCCAUCCCUUUGUCCCUUGAAGUUACUUCUGCUGAAGACCUACUGGACACAGUCACGGGGCCAAAUGAGGAGUUCAUACCAGUUUUGGGCUCUCCAGUGACAUCCUCUGCAGUGACUGUGGAGGCUCCCACCAUUUCCCCAGUGCCUCCUUCUGAAGUCAGCCACUCCAAUACUGCCUCCUCCUACGGCCUAGAACAACUCGAAUCCGAAGAAGAAGAGGAUGAGGAUGAAGAGGAUGAAGAAGAUGAAGAGGAGGAAGAUGAGGAGGAAGAUGAGGAAGAUAAAGAUGCAGACUCUUUGGUUGAGAACUUCGAUGGUGACACUGAGCUGCCAGGAUUUACUGUCCCUGGCAUCACAUCCCAGGAACCUGAUAUAGAGCCAGGAAGCCUGGAUCUUCUGGAGAGAGCCACCUAUCAGGUGCCAGACGCCAUUGAGUGGGAACAGCAGAAUCAAGGCUUGGUGAGAAGCUGGAUGGAGAAACUAAAAGACAAGGCGGGCUACAUGUCUGGAAUGCUGGUGCCCGUGGGGGUGGGGAUAGCUGGAGCCUUGUUUAUCUUGGGAGCACUCUACAGCAUUAAGGUUAUGAACCGCCGAAGAAGAAAUGGCUUCAAAAGGCACAAAAGAAAGCAGAGAGAAUUCAACAGCAUGCAAGAUCGAGUAAUGCUCUUAGCUGACAGCUCUGAAGAUGAAUUCUGAAUUGGACUUGGGUUCAGUUGAGAUGUUCAACAAUAUUAUUACUUUAUUUUUUA